GUUUCUCGCACGCGCUUUGUAUUUAGUGGCUUCCAUAUUUUGCGACGUAGCUGAGGCGGUUUACGGCAGUUAGCAUUUCUUAGAAUUAAUGAAGUGAAAGGAAAAGAUCAAAGGACAGGAACAGGAGGAUUCAGAUGGAAACCAUUUUUAUGAACUUCUUAUCUCAGAAAUGGCAUUCGGGUACCUUGACUUUGCAUGAGGAAAACUUUGCCAAUGAUUUGCUGGUGAACACAUUUUCUCUAGACAUGAAGUGCCCUUUUGUAAUAAAGGGAGCUGCUCUACAACUCGCAGAACAAUUGUGAAAAUUCCCAGCAAGGUGGUGUUGAGCCCAGGAGUCUAUGGUGAGGUAUAGAAGAGUGGAAGGAUGUUACACCAUCACUGCCGCAGGAAUCCUGAGUUACAGGAGGAGCUGCGUAUCCAGGCAGCUGUCGCUGCUGGAGAUGUACAUACUGUACGCUCAAUGCUGGAGCAGGGAUACUCCCCUAACGGACGAGAUGCCAACGGGUGGACUCUACUACACUUCUCUGCUGCUCGGGGAAAAGAGAGAUGCGUACGGGUAUUCCUAGAACAUGGAGCCGACCCCACAGUGAAAGAUUUGAUUGGUGGUUUUACAGCACUGCAUUAUGCCGCUAUGCACGGACGAGCACGGAUAGCCCGCCUCAUGCUUGAAUCGGAGUAUCGCAGUGAUAUAAUAAACGCUAAGAGCAAUGAUGGUUGGACGCCAUUGCACGUGGCUGCUCACUACGGCAGGGACUCUUUUGUUAAGCUGCUACUUGAGUUCAAAGCUGAGGUUGAUCCCCUGAGCGACAAAGGCACAACUCCUCUGCAACUUGCCAUAAUCCGGGAGCGCUCUAGCUGCGUAAAGAUUCUCCUGGACCACAAUGCCAAUAUUGAUAUUCAAAACGGGUUCCUGCUGCGCUAUGCUGUUAUAAAAAGCAAUCACUCCUACUGCCGAAUGUUCCUGCAGAGGGGGGCCGACACGAACUUAGGCAGACUGGAGGAUGGUCAGACCCCCCUCCAUCUGUCAGCCCUGAGAGAUGAUGUUCUUUGUGCGAGAAUGUUGUACAGUUAUGGUGCAGACACGAACACUAGAAAUUACGAAGGCCAGACCCCACUGGCUGUAUCGUUGAGCAUCUCUGGAGCUAGCCGGCCUUGCCUGGAUUUCUUACAGGAAAUAAGAAGGCAGCCCCGAUAUCUGCAGGAUUUAUGCCGGAUUAAAAUUCGCCACUGUAUAGGACUACAGAAUCUCAAGCUACUGGACGAGCUCCCUAUCGCCAGGGUUAUAAAAGACUACUUAAAACACAAAUUCGAUGAUAUCUGAGCGCAGUUUCCACGGCUGAAGCAACUUUAACUCAUUAUGGUUGUGAUAUACCAGUAGCGGCGGUCUUGCACAAAGUAUAUCCUAUGCAAUUUCUGAUAUGGGAUGGAGUCAGAAGGCAGAUAUACACAUUUUAUUUUAAUAUAAUUUGUUUUCUUUCUUUUUUUUUUUUUUUUUUUUUUUAAUGUUGUGUGCUAGUAAAGUCUUAAUUUGGGGGCAGUUUCUGGUCCAGGUUUAGCGGUCCAUUGAUUCAAUGUCCCAUGAAACAACUCUUUUUGUGGGUAAUACUCACUGUGGCCCAGUAAGCUCCAAUCUAAAGGCUGAUGGGUGUAUAAGCUCUUAUUGUUUAUUGUGCAAAUCCAUCUGCUGCACGUGAGCCCUCGGGGCAUCUCAGAUUGAUGCACCAACGCGGGGGGAUAUUUGGCUUCCUACAAACCCCUGUUUUUAAUCAGAGAGACGCACCAGAACAGAUCAAUUUCUUGAACCAAGGAACUUGGUUACAUCUUCUUCUGUUCUUUUUUUCCCUUUCAAGCCUCAGUCUUUGGUCCCAGAAUUUUUUAAUCAGCAUUAUGUUUGCAUUUAAACAUAGUUUUAUGUUUCUCCUCCUGUGACCCAUUUUCUUUCAUUUGUAUGGUGCUAUGGUGUCUUAUUUAUAUACAUAAAUAAUAAAAGUCACACUUUGAGAUAA